AUGCCUUUAUUAUUAAUUUGUGGUCCACCAGCAAGUGGUAAAACUCAAAGAGCAUUAGAAAUACAGAAAUUGGUUAAGGAGAAGCUAAAUAAAGAAUCCAUCAUCAUUAAUGAAGAGAAUUUACAUCUAAUAAAGGAUGAUGCUUACAAAGACAAUACAAGUGAAAAGAUGACAAGAGGAUUUUUGAAAUCUAAUGUUGAAAAAUAUAUCUAAGCUGGCUAAUUAGUCAUAUUUGAUUCUAUUAAUUAUAUUAAGGGAUAUAGAUAUGAACUAUAUUGCUUAGCAAGAGCUGCCAAAACUACAAAUUGUCAAUUAUAUUUAAAUGUGCCAUUGGAGAUAUGCCAAAAAAAUAAUGAAACAAGAGAGAAUAAGUUCAAUGAUAACUUAUUGAUUGAUUUAUACAAAAGAAUGGAAGUUCCUAAAUAAAAGGAUAGAUGGGAAUGUCCUUAUUUCGAGGUUAGGUUUUAAGAGAAAACCCCAUUUGAGGAGAUGAUAGAAGUGCUAUUUUUUGCAGAGAAAACAGCUAAGGAUCCUGUUGCUACAAAAAAAGAAUAAUAAAAUGAGGGAAAUUUUGUACAUGAACAAGAAAAGAGGGUCUAGGAGAUUCUAGAUUAAAUCUUAAAUAAGUAAGUUGAGUGUAUUUAAAUUGGAAAUGGAUCCAUAAAAUUUUAGGGUACUAAAUCCACCCUUAUUUUAAAACGAGCAUUGAGCAUAAUUGAACUAAAGAAACUAAGAUUAGAGUUCUUGAACAUGCUCAGAAUUACUCCAGUUAAAACAUUAGAACAGACUAAUGAGGCUUUCAUAAAUUUUAUCUAAGCUCAAGUUGAGCGAUUAGGACAAUGAGAUUUUCUUCUUUUUUUAGACAUAUAUUUAUUUCAUCGUA